AAGGCAACUCUUAAUUAAUUAUUCUAUUAACCUCUUACGGCCCCAUGUUGCGAUUUAGCAACAUACCACAUUUAAUUUUUUUUAGGACUUUAGAUGUUAAAUAUCGCUUUAAAUCCCAUUGGUACGUUUUUGCAACAUACUGGUGGUAAAUUUUGUGGCAAAACAUUGGCUACACUGACUACAGGUAGUCCAGAGGCAGCCAUCUUGUUGUUGUGAUUCUUGGAUUUUACAUGCUCUGCAAUUCAACAGCUUUAGAGAAGCCAUACUCCCAAAAAAGGUAAGUUAGCUAAAUCAAAAAAAUACUAGGUGUUGAGAAUUUCAUUAUUUAAGUAUAUUAAUUGAUUACAUAAGUUGUUUUCACAAAUUUUCAAAGUUUACAGCUCGAAAACCGUUUGAGUCUUUAUUGCAACAUUGGGCCAUAACCUAGAAAACUCUCGAUUCCGCAUUGUGUCUUUAAUGCAACAGUGGGAAAAAACCUGAAAAUCUGUUAGUAUAUUUUUUGCAACAUUGGGCCAUAAUGGCUGGGUAUAAACUUAGUUUUCAAGGUACAUAUUUGUUUCCAAAUAAGCAUAAUUCAUUACAAAAGAGUCUCGAAGAUUUAUGCUAUUGUAAAACUAAAAACCUAUAUUUGUAAUUAGAGAUGAAUCGAUCAAGGAGGGAUCCUCGUCCUCCGGUUUAUCUCACGAGUGAAUAAAUAGAGGAAUGCUGUAUGCUGCCACCUGAUUCGAGUGACGAUGGUAGUGCAGACGACAGUGACGCCGACCCAGAUUACGACCCAGACCUUGCCCACACAAACCGACUGGAAAGAUUUAUGCAAUCUAAAUACAAUAAUGACGAAGAAAUGAACUCCGAAGAAGACAACUUAGCAGAAAUUCGAAAUGAAACCUCAAGUCAAGCAGAAGAGGAAGAACCGUCUACUUCUACGCAGGCACCAAGGAAGACCAACAAAGAUAAGCCUCCACCCCCACUUUGGACAAAUGUGGAUGCUGCCGAAAGUGUAAGAGAGCCUGUUAUCUGGAAAGACACACUUCCUGAAAGUACUGUGCGUGCCUCUCCUAUAGAAUACUUUAAAGAAUUUUUUGACAACUCAAUUCUUGAUAGAAUUGUAGAUCAGUCAAAUUUAUUUGCAAUUCAAAAAAAUCCUAACAAGCCAUUGAACUUGACCAGGAAUGAACUCGAACAAUAUAUUGGUAUUUGUUUUGCAAUGUCAAUUUUUGGCCUUCACAGGGCAAGGAUGUAUUGGGCAAAGGAGUAA